CGUGGGGCAGUUGUUUGGUGUCGGGCGGGCGCGCAACUUGUGCCAGCUGUGCCCUUCGUGAACUCUAGAAGGCGGGAAAAAGUUUAGUGAACACAGUGUGAAUAAUUUGAUUGAUUUCAUUUGUUUUGGAAAAUUGGUAGAACAGCGAAGACAGCUUAUUUUCUACUUCAUCUUAGCCAUUUCCCUUGACUCCUUGAGGACUACGGUUCACUCGGCUACCUCAGAAGACAACAAAUGCUAGAAAAUUAAACAAAACAAAAACCGUUUUACAACAUGUUUCCCCACCCUAUAAUCAUCACUCUAAUCAUCGUUUCCAUUAUUCCAAGUUAUGUUAACUCCAAAACCAUUGAGACCACGACAAUAAGUAAUUCUCAAAUAAAUAAAAAUGUAAUAACAGACGAAUCAAACGCAAUCAAUAAAACUGUUGACAAUCAGAUUGAUGCACCUAACGUGACAUGCAGGGGAGAUCCAGCGUACUGCAACAUAACCAAAGAGGAAUACAUAGACAUGUUAAAUAACUAUAUAUUUCCAAAGCCGCACGAGUGGGGCCUAAUAGCUACACAUUCAGUGAUUUUUGUGGUGGGCCUCGUAGGCAACGCCCUGGUGUGUAUAGCGGUAUUCAGGGAUUCUUCUAUGAGAGGCUCGGUGACGUACCUCUGCCUGGUGAACCUGGCGGUGGCAGACUUUCUGGUGAUCUUGCUGUGCUUGCCGCCGACUGUGGUCUGGGACGUCACUGAGACGUGGUUCCUGGGGGAGAUAUUGUGCAAAACUCUUGUAUAUUUUCAGUCGGUGUCGGUGACGGUGUCGGUCCUCACCCUGACGUUCAUCGCGCUGGACCGCUACUACGCCAUCGUGCACCCGUUCAGCCACCGCCGGCAGAACGAACCCAUCGUGCACGUCAAAACCACUAUCUGCAUCAUUUGGAUCGUGUCGCUCUUGUUCAACUGCCCGGACCUCAUUACACUGACGACCGUGCAGCAGCCUCUACGUUUCGACUUGCCGCACAUGGUGCAGUGUCAACCCACCUGGUCCGCCCACGCGGAUCUUGUUUGGCACGUCAUCAAAAUCGUCUUCAUGUACGCGGUCCCGCUGGUGCUGCUAGGAGGCGCAUAUUCUUUGAUCAUCUUGGAGCUGUGGAGGUCGGAACAAUUCCCCGGGCAGGCGCACUGCAAACACAUUAAUGAAAACAAGCGACUAUCGCGUCGUAAAGUGGCCAAGAUGCUGGUAGCGGUGGUAGUCAUGUUCGCCGUAUGUUACCUGCCCGUGCACACGCUGUCCCUGCUCAGAUAUACUGGUGUACUUGAUCGCGUCAACAACAACGAUAUCAUUUCAUUACUGGCGCUGGUGUCACAUAACAUGUGUUACGUGAAUUCAGCUAUCAAUCCCGUCAUUUAUAAUUUCAUGAGUGAAAAUUUCCGCCACCAGUUCAAGCGCGCGUUCUGCUGUUCCACCGGCUCCGUGCAUGAGCACUCCACGACCCUCACCUAUACCGCCAAGUCUAAGCCAUCCUUCGAGAUGCAGUCUCUCACACAGAGAUCUCUCGUCUGUGAAAUGACAAACGGAUAUUCGUAGAAGGAUGUAAUUUGCAUAUUAAAAAGAUCUUUAUCAUUUCCACGUUCAACAAAACGGGGGUUAGGCAGAACUUUUGAACUUUAUUUCAAAGUGAUAGGGUUCAAUUUUGCGUAAUUCCUGUAACCUUUACACCUGGUAAAAGGUUAAUAGUUAUUAAGAACGUUACAAUCGCUUAUUACUUUGCGCCACGAGCACUGAUAAGAAUUUUGUAGAUCAAACUAGAAAUGUCUGAAAUUACCCUUUCUCAGCAGAAAUUCGACCGUACUUAGUUCCUCACUUUGUACUUUAUUUGAAUUAACCAAUUUUAACCUCUGUUUCUAGUCAAUUCUAAAUCACAGCCUACUUCCGGAGCUCUAACAGCCCGGUAAGGCACGCGCCCCUCAAAUAAUUUCAUUUAGCAGCCUUAUAGCCGUUUUGACGAGAUAGUUUUCAACAGUGUAAAUUAAACUGGAACAAAAAACCUUUUAUUCAAUAUAGUGUAAAUAUAAGUUAUGUUUCACUAAAUUCCUGAUUAAAAUUAAUGAAAAUAUAUUAUUAAUGAUCUCAAGCAACAUACGUACUGUGAAAAGAAAGAUACGAUAUCUUUGACAAUAAAACUUCAAUGACGCACUAUUUAUUAUUAUUAUUAAAAACCGUUUUAAAAGAACGUCAUACAAUGUGAACUGCCCUGAAAGCUUAUCUAUAACGUAGACUUUUUUAUAGGACUAGAUAGACUAUAAUAUAUAAUAAGGAUUGAUGUAAAUAUUUUGAGAAUGCAUUUAACGUAAGAUAAUUUUCUACGAAACCUAAUUCUUUUAUUGCCUAAUUGAUUACAGUCCAAAUUUAUGUAAAAGGUUGUAUAAAUACUUAUUUCAUUUAACUAUAUACUUAACUAUUAACUAUAUACCUACUAUUAAAUAGGUAAGUGUAA